AUGGAGUUCGAUCCGAUCCCAAUCGGUUCCUGCUCUAAAGAUCACCACAACAUUUAUCAAACCUGGUUCAAUCUCGCUGAUUCAGAUGCUGAUGGCCGCAUAACCGGGAAUGACGCCACCAAGUUUUUCGCCAUGUCGAAUUUGUCCCGUCAAGAUCUUAAACAGGUGUGGGCUAUUGCAGAUUCAAAGCGACAAGGUUAUCUAGGUUUCCAAGAGUUUAUAGUUGCUAUGCAGCUCGUUUCUUUGGGACAAUCUGGGCACCCAAUAACACAUGAUCUGCUGAGUAGUGAUGUUGAUUUGAAAAAUUUGAAACCUCCCAUAAUGGAGGGUUUGGAUGUAUUACUAGCUAAGAAAAAACAUAAACAAAAAGAAGUGGAUGUAAAUGAUAGUUCUCAGUUACAGCCAUCACUAUCAAGUAGUUGGUUUUCUUCGAAAUCCACGAAAAAGAUUCCACUUUCCUCUGUGACAUCAAUAAUUGAUGGCUUGAAGAGACUCUACAUCCAGAAGUUGAAGCCUUUAGAAGUUACUUACCGCUUCAAUGAUUUUGUCUCCCCGUUACUGGCAAAUAGUGAUUUUGAUGCCAAACCUAUGGUUAUGCUUUUGGGUCAAUACUCAACUGGUAAAACAACAUUUAUCAAACAUCUGCUUAAAUGUAGUUAUCCAGGUGCACAUAUUGGACCCGAGCCUACUACUGAUAGGUUUGUUGUUGUCAUGUCUGGACCUGAUGAGAGAAGCAUUCCUGGAAAUACUGUUGCUGUCCAAGCAGACAUGCCGUUUAGUGGACUCACAACUUUUGGCACAGCUUUUUUGUCAAAAUUUGGGUGUUCACAAAUGCCUCAUCCUCUUCUGGAGCACAUUACAUUUGUGGACAGUCCCGGAGUUCUAUCUGGAGAAAAGCAACGAGCACAACGAGCAUAUGAUUUUACGGGUGUAACAUCUUGGUUUGCAGCUAAGUGUGAUUUAAUACUCCUCUUGUUUGAUCCUCACAAACUUGAUAUUAGCGAUGAGUUCAAUCGCGUGAUAUCAUCCUUACGGGGACAUGAUGACAAAAUUCGAGUGGUUUUAAACAAGGCAGAUCAAGUUGAUACUCAACAACUGAUGAGGGUUUAUGGAGCCUUAAUGUGGUCACUUGGGAAGGUGCUGAACACACCUGAAGUCAGUCGUGUGUAUAUUGGCUCUUUUAACGACAAGCCUGUAAAUGAUGCUGUCAGUGGUCCAAUUGGAAAGGAACUGUUUGAAAAAGAACAGGAAGACCUUCUUUCAGAUCUGAAAGAUAUACCUAAGGCAGCUUGUGAUCGAAGAAUCAACGAGUUUGUAAAACGAGCCCGGGCAGUUAAGAUACAUGCUUACAUUAUCAGUCAUCUUAAAAAGGAGAUGCCUGCAAUGAUGGGCAAAGCUAAAGCUCAGCAAAAACUAAUUGAUAACUUGGCAGGUGAAUUUGGAAAGGUACAAAGAGAGUUCCAUUUACCUCCCGGCGACUUUCCAAAUGUUGAGCAUUUCAGGGAGAGUUUAGGUGGUUAUAAUAUUGACAAGUUUGAAAAAUUGAAACCGAAAAUGAUACAAGUAGUUGAUGACAUGCUUGCCUACGACAUUCCUAACCUCUUGAAGAAUUUUAAGAAUCCUUAUGAUUAA